AUGGAUGACAUCUGCACAUCUACAGAUACGAUAGAGCAAGCUAAAGCCUUAACCAAGGACAUUGACAUGAUUCUCCCUGAUGGUGAGUUUAAGGUGAAAGGCUGGACUUCCAACAUACAGCUAAAAGGUCCAGAGGUAAACAAAACGGAGAAAACUAUGAUGGAAAGUCUAGCAAAGAAAAAGGUGCUAGGAGUCUUCUGGAAUAGAGAGAAGGAUAAGUUCUCUUACAGAGUGAAAGUUGACAAGUUCAUGGAUAAGAGACUAACCAAGAGAAUCAUCCUCAGUUGGCUUGCCCGAAUCUUCGAUCCGAUUCGCUAUACAGCACCGUUUGUCAUCCGGGCUAAGAUUGGACUACUGCAGCUAUGGGAAAAUGGCUAUGACUAG